CCUUCUGCGUCAGGGUCCUGAUGGGGCAGGUAUGGAGUGAGGACACGAGCACCACUGAGUUUCUGGCCCAACCCUGGCUUCCACUUUUCCCCUGAAGCCUUUUUUCAUUCAGGGCUGGCAGGUAAUAGGGCAGUAAGUGUCCCCUGAAAUGGAAGCUGCAUUUGCAGAGCCUGGGGGAUUUGGACUCCCUCCAUCAGCCAGAAUAGUCUCCAGCAACCCCUUUCCCUACGUGCAGAAGAGGUGUGGAAAAGCCCUGUGCCGGCUCCCCAGGUGCCCCCUGGGGCCCUUGUGCCUCGGUGUUGAGAUGUCUGAGAACCCAGGUGCCUAGACGUAGCUCCACCUUGCACUGGGGCCCCCACAGGACAGGACACAAACAGGCUGGGGAGCUGUCCUGGCGCUAGGCUUCUCUGCUGGGGUGUUGGCUGAGCCUCCAGGCCGAUCCAGCUUCGAGGUGUCCGAAUGGGAGAGGUAAACUGGAACCCUUGAUGACUUGCGAGUAGCUUUGCAUCCAGCCACGUCCCCACCCGGACAGGUAGAAGAAGGCAGGCGGCUGCAGCAGCCAGAGCCCUGGGCUGGACUCGCGCUCUGCUCCUUCCUUCCUGGGUGUCCUUGGGCACAUCUCCGUGGCUCGGGGAAUCCGUAUUCUCGUCUGUAAAAUAGAUGACCGUUCAGGUCUCUUCCCGCUUUGGAAAUCUCUUAUUCUCUGGUCCCGUGGAACUCGCUUCAGGUACAAAGUGGCCGUGUUGAGCCCACCCUCGGGGCGUCCAAGCGUGGGAGGUGGGGGCGAUCGGGGUGCUGAGAAUCGGCGAGAGGCGUGCGGGAGGCCCCAGGAUAAACCGGUCGGGAUGCUGUUUUCCAUCUCUCUCUCGCGCUUUGUGGUAAACGGACAGACAGCCUCCCUCGGCCUGGUCCUGGGGUGGUCGCUCUUGGCACUCUGCCGUAGCGUCCUUUCCACACAUGGGUCUCGGCCCCCUUCAGGGCCAGUCACACUCGGUCACCCUCACAGCGUAGAAGGGCUGGGAGGCCGGGGGGGGGAAUAUCCAGAGAUGACUCAAGGGGGCCCCAUUCCAUGGCUGUCCCCUUCCCCUCACCAGGGAGGAGGAAGCAGCUCUGUCUGGUUGAGAAGUAAAGUAACCCUGCAGGCACAGCCAGGUGGCUCGGUGGAGAGAGAGCCAGGCCUGGAGUCAGAGGUCCUGGGUUCAAAUGUGGCCUCAGAUCCUUCCUAGCGGGGCGGCUGGACGAGUCCCUUAACCACAGUUGCCUAGCCCUUGCCGCUAGAAGAGCUAGUAUGGAUUUUAAUAAGACCAAAGAUAAGGGUUCUUUAAAAAAGAGAGCUGUAACCCUGCAGCACUCCCCCCUCCCAGUUCCUCACCUACAGUUCCAUCCCAAGGUACGAAAUUCCACCCUCAGUACUCAGGAUGUAGGGGCCCUCGAAGCCCUGGGGGCGGCGACGUGAAGAAAGUAGAUGGUGGGCAGCUCAUGGCGGCAGGAGCCCGGGGCUUCCAAGGGUGGGCCCGGAAGCGUCUCCCUCUCAAAGCGGCCACAGGGCAGGGGACGCCAGUCAGCCCCAGAAGGCCCAGAGUUCGGGCAGAAUUGGCCUUCUCUAAGCAUGGGGUUAGGCCUAACUAGAGCGCUACGCUGAACCUGGGGGAAGGGGUGAGGGCAGGCAGCUGGGCUGCAGAGAUUUGGGGGAGGGAGGGCAGGGUCCAGCCCUGCCCUGGGCCUUUUAGUUUCCAAUUUCUCUGUGUCAGCUGUGUGGCUCAGCUGUCCACUCUCCUCUAGCCUGUCACUUAAGCUGUGACGCUGCUGGGAGAGGCGAGGUCUGCACACCCGCUGGGGAGACGGGAGCACCGAGGGUAUUUGGGGGUGUAAGCCCCCUGGGCAGGAGGACAGAGCCUUCCUCUUCCCUUCCCGUCCACCAGACCUCCUAAUCUGGCAUCCUCCUUCCUCCACUGACUGGCCUGGCCUAGGGAAUGCCAAACGCUGGGUCCUUUUGGGGAGUCGCCUUUGUUUAGUCCCUCAUUCUGGAAAAGGGGAAUGGAGGCCCUCUUUAUGUAAAGGCUCUCAGCUUAAGAGCCCGGCAAUUUUCUCUUCCUCCCAAAGCUCUAUUCGUUCCACCCUACAAGGAUGACCGAAAAAGAGGUGCUGGAUUCCCCCAAAUCCUUCCCAGUAGGGACACCAAAGAGUGGGCUACAGAAGCUGAAGCAAUUAUUCAGGAAGGAGACUGUAGAAAGCAAGGAGAUGGAGCUCCCCCCUGAGCCCCAGGCCAAUGGGGAGGCAGUGGGGGCUCAAGGGGGACCCAUCUACUACAUCUAUGAGGAGGAAGAGGAGGAAGAGGAGGAGGAGGAGGAGCCCCCCCCGGAACCCCCUAAGCCUGUCAAUGACAAGCCCCACAAGUUCAAAGAUCAUUUCUUCAAAAAGCCCAAAUUCUGUGAUGUCUGUGCCAGAAUGAUUGUUCUCAACAACAAAUUUGGGCUACGAUGUAAGAACUGCAAAACCAACAUCCAUGAACACUGCCAGUCCUUUGUGGAGAUGCAGAGAUGCUUCGGCAAGAUUCCCCCUGGGUUCCACCGAGCUUACAGUUCUCCCCUCUACAGCGACCAGCAGUAUGCCUGUGUCAAGGACCCACUCUCCAACCGAAAUGACCCUGUUUUUGAGACACUUCGAACUGGAGUGAUUAUGGCCAACAAAGAACGGAAGAAGGGGCAAGCUGACAAGAAGAAUCCCCUAGCGGCCAUGAUGGAGGAGGAGCCAGAAGCCCCCAAACCGGAGGAAGGAAAACCCCAGGCCAGAAAUCCCGGGGGAGACAAGAAGACUGACAGAAAGACAGCCGAAGAUAAAAACAAGCAGCCCGGCUUCCAGCAGUCUCACUACUUUGUGGCCCUCUAUCGGUUCAAGGCUUUGGAAAAGGAUGAUCUGGACUUCCCACCUGGAGAGAAGAUCACAGUCAUCGAUGACUCCAAUGAGGAGUGGUGGCGGGGCAAGAUUGGGGAGAAAGUGGGAUUUUUCCCCCAAAACUUCAUCAUCCGAGUCAAGGCUGGUGAGCGGGUACACCGAGUGACCAGAUCCUUUGUGGGAAACCGAGAGAUUGGGCAGAUAACGCUCAAGAAGGACCAGAUUGUGGUGCAGAAAGGGGACGAAGCUGGCGGCUACGUGAAAGUCUACACGGGGCGGAAGGUGGGGCUCUUUCCCACUGACUUCCUGGAGGAAAUCUAGGGGGCGGGGCUUCAGCAGUUUCCCUGCAUCUCCUCCCGUGCCCCGCCUCUGUACCAGGCACUGGGACGAUAAAAAGGAAAGCCGAACAGUCCCUGCGGUCCAAGAUGCUCCCAGGCUGCACCGGGGGCAGCUCCCUUCCAGCGCCGCGGGGCUCUUCUAGCGGGGGCUGGUUCCCCCCUUCAACUCCCUCCCCAGCAGGCGCUCAUUCCCCCAGCUUGCCCUGGCCACGAUGUGGGGGAGAGGCAGGAGGGCCUCCUGUGGGGCUGGGCUCCCAAGAGAAGCCCCACGGAAAGCCGGGGAGAUGAGGGGCGCCCCUCUUUUUCAGCCAUGGUGGGGGGCUGGGAGGGAGAAAGAAGGCUCUUCUGACAUGGAGUGUAAAACCAAGAAUCGAUUAAAAACCGUUUUCCCAAGUUGA